AGGGUUUUACACCGUGACGUGUCACCCAAAAAACGUCGAGCAUAUCCUUAAGACACGGUUUGACAACUAUCCGAAAGGUCCGAUGUGGCGAGCUGCUUUCCACGACCUGUUAGGACAAGGAAUCUUUAACAGCGACGGUGACACGUGGCUUAUGCAACGUAAGACUGCAGCGCUUGAGUUCACUACUAGAACUCUUCGACAAGCCAUGGCUCGGUGGGUUAAUGGGACUAUCAAGAACCGGUUAUGGCUUAUAUUAGACCGGGCGGUUAAAAACAACAAACCGGUUGAUCUUCAAGAUUUGUUUUUGAGGUUAACUUUUGACAACAUUUGUGGUCUGACUUUUGGAAAAGACCCGGAGACGCUCUCUCUGGACCUACCGGAUAAUCCUUUCUCUGUCGCUUUUGACACCGCGACAGAGGCUACCUUAAAGCGACUUCUCUACACCGGUUUCUUGUGGCGAAUUCAGAAAGCUAUGGGGAUUGGAUCAGAGGAUAAGCUCAAGAAGAGUCUUGAAGUCGUUGAGACUUACAUGAACGAUGCAAUCGACGCUCGGAAAAACUCUCCCUCCGAUGAUCUUUUGUCGCGCUUCUUGAAGAAACGUGACGUUAACGGUAACGUUCUUCCGACAGAUGUUCUUCAGCGCAUCGCGCUUAACUUUGUUCUCGCGGGUCGUGACACUUCUUCUGUGGCCUUGAGUUGGUUCUUCUGGCUCGUCAUGAAUAACCGGGAGGUGGAAACGAAGAUCGUUAACGAGUUAUCGACGGUUCUGAAGGAGACACGUGGCGAUGAUCAGGAAAAAUGGACGGAGGAGCCGUUAGAGUUCGACGAAGCAGAUAGACUCGUUUACCUCAAAGCUGCUUUGGCUGAAACGCUGCGUUUAUAUCCUUCUGUGCCUCAGGAUUUCAAGUACGUCGUAGACGAUGACGUUUUGCCUGACGGGACUUUCGUGCCAAGAGGCUCGACGGUGACCUAUUCGAUUUACUCGAUCGGACGUAUGAAAACGAUUUGGGGAGAAGAUUGUCUCGAUUUCCGUCCAGAGCGGUGGCUCACAGCCGACGGUGAACGGUUCGAGACUCCCAAAGAUGGUUACAAGUUCGUAGCAUUCAACGCCGGACCAAGGACUUGCUUGGGAAAGGACUUGGCUUACCUUCAGAUGAAGUCGGUGGCUUCAGCCGUUCUCCUCCGUUACCGGGUAUUUCCGGUUCCCGGUAACCGCGUUGAACAAAAGAUGUCGCUGACGCUUUUCAUGAAGAACGGUUUACGUGUUUACUUGCAACCUCGUGGUGAGGUGGUUGCAUGAUUAAUUAUAUUAAGGGUAUUAUGGUAAAAGAACAACCUACUUUAUUCUAUGUUUUCUCCACCUACAAAAUACUUAUUAUGAUAUAUAUGCACUUUUUGUGCCUUUGUUU